AUCUACCGUUGUAUCUACCUUGGUAGCCAGACCACUUUCACCUUGGAGACUGUCUCCCCAUAAGUUCCUAUGCUUUUCUCCCUCCAUCAUGAAAGAGCCAUCUCAAUCAACCUUCAUACUCAAUUCUCACCUCAACCAUCCUCCAUAAACCGACCAUCCAAACCAACCAACUCUUAAACACAAAUAGCCACAAACCUCCACCACCUCCUAGAUAUCACUAGAAGAUGUGCGGCCCCACCCGCCCCAGCACCGGCAACCUCAUCGCCAUCAUCUUCCCCUCCCCCGAAAAGUCCUCCUCGUCCUCCUCCUACUCCCUGACCUUCAGCCACGACACUCGCACUCCCGAUGGCCCGACGAGGGCGAUCUUCCGAUUCCGCGAUCCCAGGGUCCGGGAUAUCUUUGCCGCUGCCCGGGGGGUGGACUUGCGGAUCGAGAAAUAUGGGGAUUUGACUGCCUCUACGGGUGGGAAUUGUGAGCCGCCGUUGCAUUGGUUUCGGGUUGGGCUUGGUGGAAUUCAGUCAUCGCAGGAGCAGCAGCAGCAGCAGCAGCAGCAGCAGCAGGUGAUUGAGGUGGUGUUGCCGGAGAGGUUGGAACUCGGGGUCUCGGGGACGGGGAUCGUUGGGCGCGAGGUGAGGGUGGCGGUGGAUGGGGUGGAUGCCAUGGUUGAGAUGGGAAGGGGGGUCGUUGGGUUUGAUUAAGCUGUAUAGAGUAUUUCAAUGUUUAUGUUUAGAUGCCUGGGAGUCUGGAGUACUAUGGAGUUACGGGUGGGGGUUUCGGUUCGUUAAGUUACCAUACCGCUGGCUGGAAAGUUACUAUAUUAGAUGAUAACCUGGAUUGACGUCAAUCACUUGCUUGUCGUAAGACCUCAACAACUAUAUGUAAUAUUACAACUUCAACAAAGCAGCUCCAUCCACCCCCUUGGUGUACCUCUCCUCCGCCUCCACCCAAUUAAUCACCUUCCAAAUCUGCUCCACAUACCCCGCCUUGUUGUUCAGAUACUACACCAUGCGUAAGCCUUCAAUCCAUCCACAAGACGAAAAACAUACCUGAAGAUAAUAAGCAUGCUCCCACAUAUCCACACCCAGAAUCGGCACCUUCCCUCCAACCACCGGAUCCUGGUCCUUGGUG